AUGUUACAUGUAACAAAAUAUUUUAUAAUAGUGUUACAUAUAAUAUGUGUCAUAUUUUCAUAAUUUACUUUAAAACUGAUAAUAAUAUAUUAUCACUCAACUAAUAAAAAGAUAUGUUAUUGUUUGAAUUAAUGCGAUAAAAUUCUGUAUUGCAACCCUGACGAUGAGAACGUCAAAACAGAAGAAGUGAAAAUAUUUUAGUAGGCCAUUUUGUUAUAAGUGAUUUGGACGUGAAAAUUCUAAACUUGAGUGUAUUAGAUUUUAGUGUAUAUCUUAAAAGUAUAAUUAUAAUUUUUUAAGAGUUAGUUUGCUAUAUUAUAAGAUGGGUCGCAAGAAGAAGAAGGCUUCUAAACCAUGGUGCUGGUAUUGCAAUCGUGAGUUUGAUGAUGAGAAAAUUUUGGUUCAACAUCAAAAGGCUAAACACUUUAAGUGUCACAUAUGUCAUAAGAAGUUAUACACAGGGCCAGGAUUAUCAAUUCACUGUAUGCAGGUUCAUAAAGAAACUGUAGACAAGGUGCCGAACUCUUUGCCGAACCGUUCUAAUAUUGAAAUAGAGAUUUUUGGUAUGGAUGGAAUUCCAACAGAGGAUGUCCGAGAGCAUGACCGGCAAAAAAAUGGUGGUAAAUCUGAUUCUGAUGAUGACGAACCAGCUGCAAAGAAAAAAGUUGAAAUACCUUUAACGGCUCCUCCUCCCAUGAUGAUGCCACCAAGCAUGAUGCAACCGAUGAUUGGUCAAUACGCGCCAAUGGGAUUGAUGUCCAAUAUGCCGCCAAUGGCACCAAUGCCUCCAUUUUUAGGUCCUGGUGGUAUACCAAUGAUGCCACCACACAUGAUGCCACCGCGACCUCUAUUCCCUGCAACUAUGGCUGCYACAACCUCUGCGGCAGCGGUACAUGCCCCCAUAGUUCCACAAAAGGCAACGUUUCCUGCGUACAGUAAUGCCACAAUAAGUGCACCACCAACAACCAACAAUCAAAGUGCCACAGGAAGUAGUGCUGCACCACAUGAGACCUCUAAAGCACCAGCUGUACUUGCUGUUGGAAAUUCUAGUAGCAUUACAUCGAAAAUCAUGCAUCCACCGGAAGAUUUAAGUUUAGAAGAGUUACGUGCUCGCAAACCAAAAUAUCAGAAAACCUACAACUGUGUUGGGAGCAAUAAUCAUAACCAACGGAUAACAUCAAUUGGUACACGCAAUAUCAAUCAUAAUACAGUUGUCAGCAGCGGAUCAUCUACAACAAUUCCAACAAAUUCAAGUACGUCGAGUGCAGCGGCUGCCCAGGCUGCAGCUAUAUCAAAGGCCCAGGAAGCUGCUGCAAUGGUAGCGGUUGCACAGGUCCAAGCAGCUCAAGUCCACGCACAAGUACACGCCCAGGCGCAGGCGCAGGCUCACGUGCAAGCAGCACAAGCGCAUGCUCAUGCCCACGCUGCGGCGCAGGUACAAGCGGCGCAAGUUCAGGCUCAGGUGGCACAAGCACAAGCUCACGCUCAAGCGCAGGUCGCUCAAGCGGUAGCCGCGCAACAGCAGCAACAACAAAAACAAUUGGAAGAUCUCAAUCGGGCUGUGAUACUGCAACGUCUACAAGCCACACGACCAGGACAUCCGCCAACAGCACUUGGCACAGCUGCUGGCGCCACGGUAGGCAUGAUGCCAUUACCAGGACAAAUGCAACUGAUGCAACCGAUGCUACGUCCCGCCAUGCCUUUGGGACCACAUACUCCCCUACUGGGUGGUAAUAUGUUGCGUGCGCCUGGUGGUUUGCCGGGAAUACCAGGUUUACUACCAAUGCAAGCUAUUCAGAUACCACCGGGGAUGCAUAUGCCCGGUAUGGGUGUCAUGUUACCGGCAGGUCAUCCUGUACUGCAAAUGAUGCCGAGGUUUCGGUGAUCCGUUGCACAAUAUGCACCGUCAUCACUUGGUUUGGCAACGGCGUUGUUAGGAAUGCGGUUGCCGUUAUUAUAUCCACCAGAAGAAUAAAUACGGAAUAAGCAAUAAUGCAUUUAGCAUCGCCUMAAAUAAAUUUUAAGUUUAAAAUAACUAAAGAAUAUCAAAUGCUAUACAACAAAUAGACAUCACAUGGACAACCAAUGCAGUGAAUAUUAUAAGAUGAGUCGAUAUAAGGCAAACUUAUUACACAAUGAAUUAAUGAGCACAUUAUCACCCAGUAGCGAUUAUAAUAAAAUCGAACCACUCAUGGAGCAAAUAUGGCAGUAGAAUGUAACCCUURUUAUAAAAGGAGCACAACAAAACAACAACGACAAGAACUGUAACAACAAGCAAGUUCAAAUUCCUUUAACUAUUCUUCAUAUUUACUAGUAAACUUACUUUUAAAUUAUCACUAUUUAAAAGUUAUUAUCACAUAAAUAGUGUACUUUUAAGCAACAUUGUUGUUACAGAAAACAACUUUGUACUUAUCUUAGUUCUUCUAUAUGCCCUAUUUUAACCAAAAUCGUAUCAUCACAUCCAAUAAAUAUGCCAGUACAUAAGCAACCAUUCAAUCACCAUGCCUGCUACGAAAAGAAUAUGGGGGUUAAUGAGCACUUAUGAACAUUGGUAUAUUAAACUAAAGCACUGUGAAAUGCGUUUUGGUGUAAUGUGGUGUUUAAUUAUAGGAUGUUUGGAUUAUUCAGUGAACCCAUUUUAGUUUUAACUCCUGUUUUUCCAAGCUAUAUACGUGCUCAUUUACUAAAAAUAUUUGUUUAUUUUGUUAGUUAUCUGCGAAUAUUCAAUUUAAUGUAAAAUAAGAUAUGUUUAAAGAAAGUCAUUUUAAACCAAUCAAUGAAACACAAGUAAUAGAUUUAAAAGAAAACGUAAGUUUUUUGCAACUCUUGUACAUUGUAAGUGAUUAUUGUUAAGUAUGAAUGUGUCUUAUAACGUAUGCACUCAUAUAUAUUUAUUUUACAUUUGAAUUGUCAUGACACAGUGAACAUAAAUUUAUUUACUAUUAAACACAACAUUUACAUUUAUCACGUAGAUACUGUCUUUACUAAUAAUUUCUAAUAAGCUUUCUCUUUUGCUCUAUUUCUACUUUAAUUUUUGUCAUAAAAGCUAGGGGGUUUAUGUUUAUAUUAAUGUAAUUAUUAAUCGUACAUAUACCAUAGAUUAGCUUUUUAACAUUCAUUGCCCUCUUACAAAUGUAUAUUUUUUAUAUGAAUUUCAUUUCCUAGCUUGUGCACAAAAUACAUAUGUAUAUCAAACAUUAUUCUCGAAUAUGCUCCGGAACAGUACGAGGUAGGAUUAUUACAUAUGUUUUUUGUGGUCUUCAUUAAAAGCUUAUUAUAUAUUAUUAUAAGUAUAUAUACAUCUGUAUAUAUAGAACCAUUUCAAAAAGAAGUUAUAUCCAGGGACAGAAAAUAACAGUUGUUGUAUAAUUUUUUCCUAAAAAAUCAUUAUGAAUCCGAUCCAUAUGUACGUGUAUGAUGUAGUAGCAGAAAAUUUUGUUCUUUUGAGAAGUACACAAAUUUGUCAAAAACUCUUAAAAUUUGAUUUUUAUUUUUUCCUCAUAAAAUAAUCGUUAUAUAUUGAUUUUUCUUUUUCGCUUAGAAAAUAAGAAUUAUUUCAUAACUUGUAUUUAUUACUUACAGAAUAGGAGAUAUGCGGUGGCUGUAAGUAUGAUUCAAUUAUAUAAGGCUGUGAUGUGUCGAUAGCCCAAAAAUAAAAWUUUUUUUWAAAGUAAUUGGAUCCAUAAGGCCAGAAUGAGCCGUUUUCUUUUCUAUGGUUUUGUUUUUAUGAUUCAAAACAAAAUAUGUCAUAAAUUUCAACUAAUGAAAAUGCGUUUUUUGGGUGAUAACUGAAUGGGAAAGUUUUUAAAUUACAUAAAAUCAUCAGAAUGUAAGCAAAUAAAGUUAACUAAUUUUCACAUUAUGAAUACAAAGAGUUGAGUUGUUUUACCUUGACACGCUAUUACUUUCAUAUAGCAAAGACAAGUACCCAUACUCUUCAACUCUUAUUGAGCAAGAGUUAUGAAAAACUUACCGCAUAACCAUGAUUCAAUUAUAUAACGUUGUGUCGAUAGUCCAAAAACAACAAUCUGUUAAAAAUAAUUCGAUCCAUACUAACAAAAUGAGCUAUUUUGUUUUACAUUGCUUUGCUUUUAUGAUUCAAAAUUUAGUUCAAAGAUUUAAAUUAAUGAAAAUUCAGUUUUCGAGUGAUAACCGAAUCCAAAUAACAGUAAGUCAUCAAAAUAUAAAAACUAAAUUCAUGAGAAAAAAAAA